AUGGCGACUAAGAGUUAUUCUGCAGGUGGAAUUUGGCGGUGUGGGCCAGCGCACACCGCCAGUUCCCACCAGGACUUUGAACCCAAUGGCAUUCACCAGCCACUCAACAGAGGCGCCCCUAAUUAUCGACCAAGGCACCCUGAGAUUACGCCAGGUGAUUGGCCGCUCCGGACAUCAGACAAGAUCAAGCUCCCACAGCAAGUCAUGGCUCUGUUUCCGGGCUGGCUGCUGCGUUCGGUAUUACCUCGCGAAAGCUUUACCGACAGCCCCAUCCAGGCCGUUGAGAGGCUCCUUUCCUCGCCCAGGCCCCUCCAAGAUGCAGAUAAGGAGGUCCUAGUCGGUGCCGUGCUCACCAUGAGCUCCAGCCUUCACCUCGCCCUUGGUAUCCUCCAAGAGAUUUUGCCUCGGGAGAAGUCGCAGGAACGGCUUGGUGAAGUGCUAUGCCCGACGCUUGGUCAACUCCUGUCCGCGCUACAGGGUACCGUAUGCUCUUUUGAGCGGAGCAGUAGCGAACGGCAGGCAACCGAAGAAGAGGCAACACCCAUGGCUGAACCCUAUAAGCCGGUCAACCCCCGGGUUUUUAGUCACAGUAAUCAACAUGCAUCAUCGAAGCUAAGCCGGUCAGUGGCAGCGAGAUAUGGACAGUCCAUGUCCGCAACACCACCCACCAGCUAUUCCCCACGACCCCCCAGUUCCUCGGCUAGUCUAAAGCAGCCACACGACGCUCGGACCAAAACCGAAAGCUUUCCGCCAUUAGAAGCUAGUCCUCCAUCGCGACAUUCAUCAUCCUCUGUACCCAUCGUUCACCCUGGGUUGGCGACACAUCUAGCAAGGGCUCUGCAGGCAGAGAUCCGCGUCCAAGCUGCUAUCCAUGUCGCCGUCGAGUCUCUCGAGUUUGCCGAAGGCCAGCUGAAAGUUGUCAAACAGGUCAACCAGUUGCACGGAGGGACUCCAAAACCCACUUUUAUGAAGGCUACAACCCGCUUGUUACUCCGGGCGCUCGAGUUACAGAGGCAGGAGCAGGGCCCCGGCGCCAGGACGAAGAAACUCGGUCUCAGCUACGCCUACAGGAAGGCCACACCAGCUAUCCGGCCAGUCAUAGAUUUAUGCCAGCAACCCCUCGGCAACACUCAGUCUCUUUUCAUCCCACGCUAUCUGCCCAAUCUCCGGUUGCCACCCCGCGAGCAACGGGGACCCCUCAGUCCACCUACGUGCAACCGCGGUCACUGGAGCGCAGGAACACGAUACAGGGUAUCAAGCAAGAAGAAUGCUAAGCAGGCUGUAGAUGCCCGGGCCCCGAAGACAAGGCCAUCCCUCAAGCGUCGAAUGUCACUUGCGGACGAGUUGGCUUUGGUGGGUGAGGAUUCCGAGAGUGGCUACCAGGAUGAGACGUCCGAGGUAGCGAGUUCCGCAAGUGAAUUGGAGUCUGAUCUAGAAUCCUGCAACUCUCGACAAAUGGCGAGAGGCCGCGGUCAAAGUGAUGGAUAUAGCACCAACGGGGAAAGUGGCGCCGAGCAGAGUGGCGCCGAGAGCGACAACGAAGAGGAUUGUGGUGAUAGAACACUCAACGGUUUGGAUAUGGCAGCGCCUGCCGGGACGCCCUCAGUGUCGACUAUUCAUGCAGUAGAUUGA